GAAAUAAAACAAGCAGAUGCCAAUUGGUAGGGUUAUGUACCUACAGCCUCUUUAAUAUGUUUUAGUUUCUAAUUUGUUUUCUUUCGGAUGAAAUCUUUCGGGAUGUUUAACAGUGUUCCGGAUUACUAACGGCAGAAAAAAGGAGGGAAGGGCUUUGAAAUGAAAAUGGUAGCUUAUGUAAAUAGCUGGCCAAAUAGUGGUAAUUUUAUGGGGAUAAAUUACAUUUUCCGGUCACCCAAAUUUUAUUUUCGCCGGCAAAUAAUUUUUUAAUAUGAGAGUGACACCAAAAUUUUUCCGAUUUCAAAAUUCGUUUCUACAAUAACUCUUCGACAAUUCCUUAAAUUAAAAUUUUCAAUAUAUUUGGCAGAUGCUUAAAGGUUUUAAUUAAGUUCUGAUACAACAUGCUUAUCGAGAAUAUAAUUAAGUAGCAGAUAUUCUGGCUAAACGCGGUCAUACUUCUUCAGUUAUGUAUGUUUGGUUUGGAAAUUCUCCAAUGGAUAUUUUGCAUAUAUGACGUUGUGAUUUUAUAUAAUAUUCUUCAUAUUUCAGCAUCAAUAACCUGUACCUAUCCCAACAUAGCAAAGUAUAUUCCAAUCCGCUCACCACAACUUUCUCAAAGGGCACCACAUGAGCCAAUCAUGAGACCAGAUUUUUGUUAUUUUCCUUGAGUGGAAUCAAACUCUUAACCUAUUAUUGUAGCCAUAAUCCAUUUCUCACUCUCCCCCACUGCUUGAACUCAAUUUUAUCUUUUCUAGUCAUCAUAAAUUUGCUCUGUUGGCCUAAGUAGGCAAAUCUGUUAAUGGCUUUUUUCAAUGCCUUGACCUCAGAGAAGCCACAUGCAGUAUGCAUGCCAUUCCCAGCUCAAGGCCACAUAAACCCAAUGCUAAAACUAGCCAAACUCCUCCACUUCAAAGGCUUCCAUAUAACCUUUGUCAACACUGAGUUUAUCCACAAACGCCUACUUAAAUCCCAAGGCCCCAACUCUCUCAAUGGCCUCCCUACUUUUCGUUUCAAAAUGAUCCCCGAUGGCCUGCCUCCAGCUGAUGCUAAUGUUGCUGCCCAACAUAUGCCGUCCCUCUGCCAAUCCAUUAGGAAACACUGCUUACAACCCUUCAGAGGCCUUCUUUCGAAGCUCAAAUCUUCGCCGAAUUCGCCUCCGGUUACUUGUCUAGUUUCUGAUGGCAUCAUGAACUUCAGUCUCGAUGCAGCCCAAGAACUCGGAAUUCCGGGUGUUAUUUUUUGGACAACUAGUGCUUGUGCCUUCAUGGGCUACAUUCAGUAUGGACCUCUCAUUCAAAAGGGUUUAGUUCCUCUUAAAGAUGCCAGAUACUUGACAAAUGGGUAUUUAGAUACUGUGAUAGAUUGGAUACCUGGAAUGAAAAGUAUCCGAUUGAAGGACAUCCCAAGCUUCAUUAGAACAACAGACCCAAAUGACCCGAUUCUGGAUUUCAUUAUGGUUGAUACAGAACGAGCUAAAAGAGCUUCUGCCAUCAUUUUGAACACGUUUGAUGCCUUAGAGCAUGAAGUUUUAGAUGCACUUUCGACUUUGCUACCACCUAUUUACUGCAUUGGACCCCUCUAUCUACAACUUGAUCAUAUCCCAGCAGAUAACGAAUUGAAGUCCAUUGGAUCAAACCUGUGGACAGAGGAAACAGAGUGUCUUCAAUGGCUUGACUCUAAAGAACCCAAUUCUGUGGUUUAUGUCAAUUUUGGAAGCAGCACAGUCAUGACAUCUGAGCAGCUAACUGAGUUUGCUUGGGGGCUUGCAAAUAGCAACAAGGCCUUUUUUUGGGUCAUUAGACCUGAUCUUGUUUGUGAGGGGAAAUCAGUUGUGGUUGCACCAGAGUUUGUGGAAGAGACCAAGGAAAGGGGUCUAUUGGCAAGUUGGUGCCCUCAAGAACAAGUCUUGAUACACCCAGCUAUCGGAGGGUUCUUGACACACUGUGGAUGGAACUCUACUAUUGAAAGUGUGGGAGGUGGGGUGCCCAUGAUCUGUUGGCCUUUCAAUGCUGACCAACAAACCAAUUGCAGGUUUUGUUGCAGUGAAUGGGGCAUAGGGUUGGAGAUAGAGGGUGACGUUAAAAGAUAUUACAUAGAGGGCCUUGUGAGAGAGUUGAUGGAAGGAGGGGAGGGCAAAAAAUUGAGGAAGAAAGCCUUGGAAUGGAAGAAGUUGGCAAAGGAGGCUACUACUGGUUCUAAUGGAUCAUCCUUUUUGGAUUUGGAUCAAAUGGUUAACAAGGUGCUUCUAUCUCCCAGAAAUUAGAAUGGAGCAAUUGUGUUAAUUUUUUUUGUUCUUGGUAGCUCAUUGAUACAGAACAACGCUUGGGUGUUGGGUUCCUUGAAGUUUUUGUUUGUAAUUUGCUCUUAUUUUUUAUUGGGUACAUGCAAAUUAAUAAACAAAAAUUCUAUUGGAA